ACCUACUCCACUAGCGUUGAUAACUUUUUCUAGCUUAUUUCAUCCUUCUACCCCUCCAUUCUCAUGUCUCUGCGGAAGAGUAUGGUUAACAGAGGUCUCCUCAUUCUCACCUGCUUCUUCUCAUUCGUGAUUCAGCUAUGCUUGGCUUCAAAGACCAGGCACUUCAAAUGGGAAGUGGAGUACAUGUACUGGUCACCAGAUUGUAUGGAGGGUGUCGUGAUGGGAAUCAAUGGGCAGUUCCCAGGGCCAACUAUCCGGGCUGUUGCAGGAGAUACUAUUGUAGUUGAGCUCACAAACAGGCUUCACACUGAGGGUGUCGUCAUUCAUUGGCAUGGAAUCAGACAGUUCGGAACUCCAUGGGCAGAUGGGACUGCAUCCAUCUCACAAUGUGCCAUUAAUCCUGGAGAGACCUUCAUCUACAGAUACAAAGUUGAUAAGGCUGGCACAUACUUUUACCAUGGACACUAUGGAAUGCAAAGAUCUGCUGGACUGUAUGGAUCUCUGAUAGUAGAGGUUGGUGAAGGUCAAAAGGAACCUUUCCAUUACGAUGGAGAGUUCAAUCUGUUGUUGAGUGAUUGGUGGCAUAAGGGAAGUCAAGAGCAAGAAGUGGCCCUCUCGUCCAAACCAUUUCGUUGGAUUGGCGAACCCCAGACUCUGCUCAUCAACGGAAGAGGCCAGUACAAUUGCUCUCUAGCCGCCCACGUUACCAACUCCUCCUCUCCCCAGUGCCAAUUCCGUGGAAAUGAACAAUGUGCACCCCAAAUCCUCCAUGUGCAGCCUCAUAAAACUUACAGGCUCAGGGUCUCCAGCACCACCGCACUCGCUUCACUAAACUUGCAAAUUGGGAAUCACAAGAUGGUGAUGGUGGAAGCAGAUGGAAACUAUAUUCAGCCUGUGGCAGUGGAUGACUUAGACAUUUACUCUGGAGAGAGCUACUCUGUUUUGAUCCACACUGACCAAGACCCCUCCAAGAACUACUGGAUUUCAGUUAGUGUAAGAGGAAGAGAGCCCAAGACUCCUCAAGGCCUCACCAUUCUCAACUACCAAACAACUUCAGCUUCAAAGCUCCCAACAUCUACACCUCCAGUGUCUCCUCUAUGGAAUGACUACAACCACAGCAAAUCUUUCUCCAACAAAAUCCUGGCCCUCAUGGGCUCCCCCAAGCCUCCAACCACCUACAACCGCAGAAUCAUCCUCCUCAACACUCAAAACACUAUCAAUGGAUUCACCAAGUGGGCUAUCAAUAAUAUAUCCCUAACAUUGCCUCCAACUCCUUAUUUAGGUGCCAUUAAGCAUCGUUUGAGCAACGCUUUCGAUCAGAAGAGUCCACCAGAGAACUUUCCCAACGAUUAUGAUGUGAUGAAACCUCCAACAAACACUAACUCGACAUAUGGGAAUGGGGUGUACAUGCUAGAGCUUAGGACAACGGUCGACGUGAUUCUUCAAAAUGCCAAUGCAUUAGCAACAGGUGUCAGUGAAAUACACCCUUGGCACCUGCAUGGUCAUGAUUUUUGGGUGUUGGGAUAUGGAGAAGGAAAGUUUAGGAAAAAGGAUGCGAAGAGGUUUAACUUAAAGAAUCCACCAUUGAGGAAUACUGCAGUGAUAUUCCCUUUCGGAUGGACAGCUCUUAGGUUUGUGGCGGAUAAUCCUGGGGUUUGGGCAUUUCACUGCCACAUUGAGCCUCAUUUGCAUAUGGGAAUGGGAGUGGUCUUUGCUGAAGGUGUUCAUCUGGUCAAAGAUGUACCAAACAAUGCUCUUGCUUGUGGCUUGACCGGGAAAAUGUUGAUGAGUAACUACAGUCACCACUGAGAAUAGCUAGCUGGAAACCUAGCUGAAGCUAUCUUCAAUUUUUGUGUGGUACAUACAUGCAAUUAGAAGCCUAUUUAUUUAGUUGGAAAACUGAAAACCAAAUUCUAUUUGAAUAGAAAUUUAGUCUUGUGUUUGGUUUCUUA